AUGUCGACACAGUUGCCUUUCAAAUUGCGAGACUCGUCUCUCUUUCAUGACACAGCGUUGAAUAACGGGCAAUGGGUUCACUCCAAGUCGAGAGAUACCUUUGCCAUAGAAGACCCCGGCACUGGCAAAGUGUUUGCAUCAUGUGCCACGAAUAAAGUUGCGGAUGUAGAUGGGUUCGUCGAAUCAUCUCAAAAUGCCUUUCUCAAGUACCGCGACAUGAACCCCCGGCAACGAGCACAGAUGCUUCUUGAAUGGCACAGGUUGAUCAAAGAAGCUCGAGAAGACAUCGCGACUCUUGUUACAUAUGAAACUGGCAAACCCAAGUCUGAGGCUCUCGGCGAGGUUGAUUAUGCCUUGGGCUUUGCCUGGUGGUUUGCUGGCGAGGCCGAACGCGUCCGUGGCUCUAUAGCCAUCCCAUCCGUCUCCAAUCGCCGUACGUUUGUUAUCAAGCAGCCUAUCGGGGUGAGUGUCGCUCUUGUGCCCUGGAACUUCCCCGUGGCCAUGAUCAUCCGCAAGGUUGCCGCCGCGCUUGCCGCCGGUUGUACAAUGAUUGUGAAGCCAUCACCAGAAACACCCCUUAGCACAUUGGCUCUCGCAGACUUGGCCCUUCGAGCCGGGUUUCCUUCUGGUGUCCUCAAUGUUAUUACUACAGACAACGACAACACUCCUGAACUUAGCGAGGCUCUUUGCAAGCACCCUCUAGUUCGCAAGGUCACCUUUACGGGCAGCACAGCUGUCGGAAAGCUUGUAGCGAGGCAUUGCAGCUAUGGGCUAAAGAAGGUGACCAUGGAACUUGGUGGCAAUUGCCCACUCAUUGUCUUCAACGACGGAGACAUAGACCAAGCUGUUGCGGCGUUGAUGAUUCUCAAGUGGCGAACUGCUGGGCAGGCUUGCACUCAUGCCAAUCGUGUAUAUGUCCAGAGUGGAAUUUACGACGAGUUUGCAAAGAGAAUGCUCGCGGCCACACAGAAACUCAAGGUCGGACAUGGAAAUGAUGCGUCCACAACUAUGGGUGCUCUGACGACUGUGCGCGGUAUUGAAAAGCUCGAGAGACACGUAGACGAUGCUGUAUCAAAGGGCGGCAAAGUUCUCUGUGGCGGGAAGAGGAUCGAUGGUCCUGGCUACUUCUUCCAGCCUACCAUUAUAUCGGACAUGACCUCAUCCAUGUUGACUACCAAUGAAGAGAUUUUCGGACCUCUUCUUGGACUAUACAAGUUUGAGUCGGAAGGAGAAGUCGUUCGUCUUGCAAACAAUACGUCUAUGGGCCUCGCUUCUUACUUCUUUACACGAGACGUUGAUCGAACGUGGCGGAUGUUGGAAAGUCUUGAGGCUGGGAUGAUUGGCAUGAAUACAGGAAAUUCGUCUGCUGCUGAGUCGCCGUUUGGAGGAAUCAAGGAGUCGGGAUACGGUAAGGAGGCUGGCAAAGAUGUGGCCAUUGAGGAAUAUCUAAUUUCGAAGACGGGAACUCUUACAGUGGGAGAGGUUUCGAAGUUGUAA